GCACCGGCGUCUGAGUCAGUUUCGCUAAGCAUAAAUGAAAGAUGUUUUUUGGUUUUAAUUAUGACAAAUUAAUUUUAACAUGGAUAUGAUAAUGACAAAUAGUGAUUCAAUUCAAGAGAUAAGUCAAUUGUCGGAUGACAUAAUGAGGUUUUUCCAUAAAUAAUGUAGACGAGCUCAAGUUACUGUUUUGUAAUCUCGAGCGCUGUGAUUCAAGCCAGUUCUUAUUAUCUUAUUAAUUUAAAUAUAUAGUUGGUUAUCUUUAUUAAACUCUACUCUUGAAGCCGUGCGUGACAGUGUUUAAACUCCACGGACUAUGCAGAUAUGGGAUAACACACAGCAGUAAUCAGAUUAAUCUGAUGUUUGAAUGUUGACGUGGAUCAGAACAGUCGAGAGACUCGGAACAUGGAGGAGGUGAAGAUAUUUGAUCCAUCCAUCCUCCAUCAAUGACUUGAUCAGACGGGUAAUUAUUUUAAGUGGUGGCGUUUUUAAUGAUGUUGCUUAUUCGGACAGUGAUGUCCCAUCAGAAAUCCACACAGACAUGGUCACAGAGGGUAACCAUUGUGUGAACAAAGAUCACAGGAUGCCUUCAGACCCAGAGGGGAUCUUGGAGUCAGAGUCAGCAGACCAUACAUCAGAGGAGAACAUUCAACAACAAGAACAUUUAACAGAUAUUCAGAAGCUACAUAUUGUUGAUUAUGACAGGUCUUUGGGUGCUGGCGGUUCGGAGACUGAUUCUGGCAAAGCUUCCGAUGACUCUGCCCUAGUAGACAAUGGUCAUGACGACUCGGGCGUGUUUGUUGUAACUGUGUUAGCCCGGGGUAAAGUGGAGGAGCAGGGAAUAGGGAUGAAAGGGGCCUCGUCCCCUUGUUCCGAGACCGGCACACCUCUUGGACCUCCUUCGCACAGGAACGAGGAUGUGACAGCGGAUAGUUGGAGACAGCACAGGAAGCAUGUGUUUGUGCUGAGUGAGGCUGGGAAGCCCAUCUACUCUCGAUAUGGUAGUGAGGAGGCCCUGUCUUCCACCAUGGGAGUGAUGAUGGCUCUUGUUUCCUUCGUUCAGAGUGGAGAUAAUAUCAUUCGCUCAGUUUAUUUGGAUGAACAUACGGUUGUGUUCAUGCAGAAGGGUCCUCUGGUGCUGGUGGCCGUCUCCUGCAGCCGCCAGUCAGAGCAGCAGCUCCGUCAUGAGCUGCUCUACGUCUAUAACCAGAUCGUCAGCAUGCUUACGCAGGCCAGCAUCACCCGCAUCUUUGAGCACAAGAAGAACUACGACCUGCGCCGUCUACUGGGCGGCUCGGAGAAGAUUCUCGACGGUCUCCUGAACCUCUUGGACUCGGACCCCAGCUUCUUACUCUGCGCUGUGCACUGUCUCCCCCUGGCUUCGUCUCUCAGGGACUCCCUCAGCCAGAUCCUCCAAAAGGCCAUCACUCCCAACCUGGUCUUCUCCAUCCUCAUAGCCAAGAACCAGCUCCUCACCAUAGUCCAAGAGAAGAUGGUCAUUGAAGAUACCAGACUGGACCCUGCUGACCUCCACCUUCUGCUUAACCUCAUCGGGGCCUCGUCCGCCUUCCAUGCAGGGGAGAUCUGGACACCCAUCUGUCUGCCCAGUUUUAACCCUGACUGUUACUUUUAUGCAUACAUUUCCUAUCUGGACCCUCCAGAAUGUACUGUGUGUCUGGUUCUUCUCUCCACUGAUAAAGAGGCGUUUUAUUCCGUGGCUGAGUGUAAGAGGAAGAUCGAGGAGGCGAUGCAAGCGCAGAAUGCCCUGAACUCUAUAGCAAAAACUCACUCGUACAGUGUUAGUCAGGUGGGAGUGUCUGAUCUCAGGCAUUUCAUGUACAAGCCCUUUGAUGUGCCAGACAACCAUCGACAACUAACACAGUUCACCAGCCCUGAAAUGGAAGCCCCUUACAGCAGUGAGGAGGAGAGAAUGAGACUUCUAGACCUGUACAGAGACCUGCAUGGCCGUAUCCACAGUACCUCACGCCCCCUAAAGCUCAUCUAUCACGUGGCUGAACGUGAGACUCUGCUGGCUUGGGUCACAAGCAAAUUUGAAUUGUACACCUGCUUCAGUCCUCUUGUCACAAAAACCUGCGCCAUUAAGGCCAUCACCAAACUGCUGCGCUGGAUUAAGAAAGAGGAGGAGCGUCUAUUUAUUCGAUACCCUCCGAAGUACUCCACCACCCCCAACCCCAACAAAAGCUCUAAAGGAGAUGCACACUCAUAGACUGACCCACCUGCGAUCUGACCACUUAAAUGGCUGCAAUCCCUGCAUUUACACUUAGCAACUCUAUCAAACUUCGUUUAGUAGUACAAUGGUGUGGAGUUAACCAAAUGAUACCAAUCCAGAGUUGGUUCAUAAUUUGAUACAUCAUGCUGCUGGUUUUUUUUCUUUCUUUUUUUUUUCCAGUCUUACAGAGUUUGUGGCAUUGACCGUGAGCUAUAAUUGAAUUGUUUUACUUCACCGUAAAAUACUUUUUUUAGUUGUUUAAUUACAUAUAGGUUAGAAAUGUUUGUUUGGCUAGGAAAUUAAAUGUUUGUUGAAUUGGUCUCCCCAUGUCAAAAUCAAGAGGCAAGCUAUUUAUUAUGGCUUGAAAAGUUAUUCUGAUUAUGUCUAGGGAGUGGUGGUGUAGUGGGCUAAAGCAUAUAUCUGUUAAUCAGAAGAUCACUGGUUCGAGCCCCACGGCCACCACCAUUGUGUCCUUGAGCAAGGCACUUAACUCCAGGUUGCUCCGGGGGGAUUGUCCCUGUAAUAAGUGCACUGUAAGUCGCUUUGGAUAAAAGCGUCUGCCAAAUGCAUAAAUGUAAAUGUAUGUCUCAUUUAGCAUGCAUACAUAGGCUGUGCAAACCUUUACAUCGCACCAUUUUCAGUUUUUCUUAUGUACUUUGUGAUUUUUUUUGCUGUUUAGUAUUUGAAACCAAACCUUGCUUCAUUUUAAUAAAAAACUAUUUUGACAAGCUGCAAUAUAUCAGUACACUUUAAAGAGGAUGACAGUUCAUUAACAAAAUCAACUUUACUGUGAUUUGUUUUCUCUUUUUGGUUUCCUUUUUGACUUUCCGGCCUAUUUUGACAUUUACUGUUUUUGGCAUGUGCAAACUAUUAUGACGUCAUCAUAUUGACACUGUAAAUAUAUGAGUUUUAAACCACUGGACAUAAUAGUAAAAAAUGUGCAAUGUAUAAUAUUUGGAGAAAUAUAUUCUUGCUAUUUUCUCAAGGUUCGUUUUUCUGGAAAAUGGAUUUGUUCAAAACAAUGUUAUUCAGAUGAAUACUGCA